UUGAAAUUUCCUUUAUAAUGUUUCAUCCAAACGAAAGUGAGAUGCACAGAAGAUCAUAUAUAAUUUGGAGUUUUUUGAAUAAUGGAUCGUGAAAGUAUUAUGCAAGCAGCUCAGAUACAUUUAGUUGUUGCAACUCUAAUAAUAACAGUCACCUUCACUACUGGUUUCACAUUGCCAGGAGGUUUUGACAAUGAUAUCAAUAGCCCUAAUAAAGGGAUGGCGAUUCUAUUAAAGAGAACAGCAUUUCAUGCAUUUGCUGUUACUGAUGCCAUCGCGUUUACAUCCUCAGCUGUUGCUGUAUUCACUUACUUCACGAUGGCAGCAAGUGCAAUAUCUGUAACAGAGUUGCCAGUUGUGAUGAGGCUUUAUAAGUUUGCAACUUUUUUGCAGCUUGUGGCAAUGUCAGCUGUUGUGAUAGCAUUUGUAACUGGUAUGUAUGCUACUUUAGCACAUUCAGUUGGUCUUGCUGUUACUAUCUGUGUCAUCGGUUGCAUAUCUUUUGUUAUGUGCUUGUGGGUUACUUAUGUCCUUGGAAGCAAGGCAUAGCGGAAGA